UCCGUGACACACAAGUCUGUCAGCCAGCCACUACUUUUUUCCCGGUUGUUGUUGACGUGUUCUAGUUUCUAGUUCUAGAAAAUUAUUAUUUACUUAACAGUAUGACGACACCCACACCUGAUGCCCCUGAAAAUUUCGAUCAGUUUGAUGAUGAGGAAACCGAGCAGCAGUUGGGAGCAACAGCGACCGGGCGGAAACGUUUGUUUAGUAAAGAAUUGCGUUGUAUGAUGUACGGUUUUGGUGACGAUCAGAAUCCCUACACAGAAAGCGUGGACUUUUUAGAAGACUUAGUUAUUGAAUUUAUUACUGAAACUACGCACAGAGCAAUGGAAGUGGGCAGGACAGGCCGAGUUCAAGUAGAAGACAUCAUAUUCUUAGUACGCAAAGAUCCACGAAAGUAUGCCCGUGUGAAAGAUCUGCUGACGAUGAAUGAAGAACUGAAGAAGGCAAGAAAGGCCUUUGAUGAAGUGAAAUAUGUUGAAGAUCAACAAUAACAUGGUGACCAAACAACCAACGCCAUGCCACUAAGACUGAUGCAAAAUGACAUGAGGACAAUGAUGAUGAGACAUCAGAGACUUAAUUAUGAGUGUGAUGUUUGGUGAUCUUAUUCAUAUCGGCAUUCCAGCUCUCACUGCCACCUCAGUGAUGAAAAUGGAUUUCUAAGUUGUACAUAAUGUGAGACCAGGUAACAUAAAUAAAUUAUUUGUUGUAAGGA